GCGCUACGAGUUUUUCGCGGCCGCAGGCGGAGCUGCAAGACUCCGGCUAGCAGAGAGUUAAGCCCGACUCCUCUCCCCGCCCUCGGAGGCGGGGCCGAGCCGCCACGGAAAUAGCCGAGUGCUGGGCCGCGGUUGGCCGGAGGGAGCCGAACUUUUUCCGGAAGUAGCCGAGCUUUGCGGUCUUGCUCUCCGACCGGAGCCGAGUGCUGGGCCUUGUUCUCCGGAUCUGCCGAAGGUGUUCCGGAAGGAGGCGAACCCCGAGGCGGGCCGGCAAGUCUUCGCGGCGGCCCUCAGAGUCCAACGUCUGGUGGGACUCGGCGAGGGCGGGGGUAGCUGCAGCCCGCCUCCGGUCCGGCGAGAUCCGAGCUCGUUCCGGAAGAAGCCGAGCGGACCGGCGCCGGUCUCGGCGUCCCGGGCGUGAGCCUAUAGAGGCGGCGGCGACAGCGCGGGCCGGGAUGAGCCGCGACGGCUGAGGCUGCGGAGGCGCCGGCUGCGCGGGCCCGACUGAGACUUCUGCGAAGCGCUGGCCCCGCACUCAGGGCUUCGCUUCGAGUCCUGCCCUCGGGAGCCUUCCGGACCCCUUUGUGCGGCCGGAGGCGGCGGCGGGAACGGCCAUGGCGGCCAACAUGUACCGAGUGGGAGAUUACGUCUAUUUUGAGAACUCCUCCAGCAAUCCUUACCUGGUUAGAAGGAUUGAAGAGCUCAACAAGACUGCAAAUGGAAACGUGGAGGCAAAGGUUGUGUGCCUCUUCCGGCGAAGGGACAUUUCUAGUAGCCUCAACAGCCUGGCUGAUAGUAAUGCCAGGGAGUUUGAGGAGGAAUCGAAGCAGCCAGGGGUGUCAGAACAGCAGCGACAUCAACUGAAGCACCGAGAGCUUUUUCUUUCUCGGCAAUUCGAAUCAUUGCCAGCCACCCACAUAAGGGGGAAAUGCAGUGUGACCCUCUUGAAUGAGACAGAUAUUUUGAGCCAGUACCUGGAAAAGGAGGACUGCUUUUUUUACUCACUGGUGUUUGACCCUAUGCAGAAGACACUUCUAGCUGAUCAGGGAGAGAUCCGAGUUGGUUGCAAAUACCAAGCUGAGAUCCCAGAUCGCCUGGCAGAGGGAGAAUCUGAUAAUCGGAACCAACAGAAGAUGGAGAUGAAAGUCUGGGAUCCAGACAACCCUCUCACAGACCGGCAGAUUGAUCAGUUUCUCGUGGUGGCCCGAGCUGUGGGGACCUUCGCAAGAGCCCUAGAUUGCAGCAGCUCCAUUCGGCAGCCAAGCCUGCACAUGAGUGCAGCCGCUGCCUCCCGAGAUAUCACCCUGUUUCAUGCAAUGGAUACGUUGCAGAGGAAUGGCUAUGAUCUGGCUAAGGCCAUGUCAACCCUGGUGCCCCAGGGCGGGCCAGUGUUAUGUCGGGAUGAGAUGGAGGAAUGGUCAGCCUCAGAGGCUAUGCUGUUUGAAGAGGCCCUGGAGAAGUAUGGGAAGGAUUUCAAUGAUAUUCGCCAGGACUUUCUACCCUGGAAGUCACUGGCCAGCAUAGUUCAGUUUUAUUACAUGUGGAAAACCACAGACCGAUAUAUUCAACAGAAAAGAUUGAAAGCUGCUGAAGCAGACAGCAAACUAAAACAAGUCUACAUCCCUACCUACACCAAACCAAACCCUAACCAGAUAAUCUCUGUGGGCUCAAAACCUGGCAUGAAUGGGGCUGGAUUCCAAAAGGGCCUGACUUGUGAGAGUUGCCACACCACACAGUCUGCCCAGUGGUAUGCCUGGGGCCCACCCAACAUGCAGUGCCGCCUCUGUGCUUCCUGUUGGAUCUACUGGAAGAAGUACGGGGGACUGAAGACCCCAACUCAGCUUGAGGGGGCUGCUCGGGGCACCACAGAGCCACACUCGAGGGGUCAUUUGUCCAGACCAGAAGCCCAAGGUCUCUCCCCCUACACAACCAGCGCCAACCGGGCCAAGCUGCUGGCUAAGAACAGGCAAACAUUCCUGCUCCAGACCACAAAGCUGACCCGUCUUGCCAGACGCAUGUGCAGGGACCUGUUACAGCCAAGGAGGGCUGCCCGACGACCCUAUGCCCCUAUCAAUGCCAACGCCAUCAAGGCAGAGUGCUCCAUUAGACUUCCUAAGGCUGCCAAGACUCCACUGAAGAUUCACCCUCUGGUGCGGCUGCCCCUGGCAACUAUCGUCAAAGAUCUGGUGGCCCAGGCACCUCUGAAACCAAAAACACCUCGGGGUACCAAGACACCGAUCAACAGAAAUCAGCUGACUCAGAACCGGGGACUGGGGGGCAUCAUGGUGAAACGGGCCUAUGAGACUAUGGCAGGAGUUCCUUUCUCUGCCAAUGGAAGGCCUUUGGCCUCAGGGAUUCGCUCAAGCUCACAGCCAGCAGCCAAGCGUCAGAAACUCAACCCAGCUGAUGCACCUAAUCCUGUGGUGUUUGUGGCCACAAAAGAUACCAGAGCCCUGCGGAAGGCUCUGACCCACCUGGAAAUGCGGAGAGCUGCCCGCAGGCCCAAUUUGCCCUUGAAGGUGAAGCCACCGCUGAUGGCAGUGCGGCCCCCAGUCCCUCUUCCUCCUUCGUCACAUCCUGCCAGCACCAAUGAGCCCAUUGUCCUGGAAGAUUGAGCACCUGUGGGGAAGGGAGGUGGGCUGAAAGCUAGAGGGUGGGUGCACAGGGCACCUAGCCUCCCUUCCCUCUAGUGUCAAAGGGAAUGAGGAGUGAAGGAGGGAGGGAGCAAAUGAGUGUGUCCUUGGAGGGGCCGGGCGCCCUCUGGUGUUAGCACUUGGAGGCUUGUCCCCUUCUAAUGCCUCUCCAUGCCUGGUGGUGGAGGGCAGACUGCAGGAACUUGGCUUAUUGUGGGAACCUAGCCUGUUUUGGGGGGUAGGACCCACAGUUGUCUUGGACAGUUUGGGGGGGAGGGUUUUUUAAUUUUUUAAAAAUUUUGCCUCCCUUUGUGAAAGGGGAUAGGGGAGGGGAAGAAUAAACAGAUACCAGGUGGUGGUAUCUGGUUGGGGGAGGGGGGCGUGCACUGCCAUGACUGCCAUGUCUUUUUUUUUUUUUUCCUAAUUGGGGGUUUCUCUUGCCGUCCGGUGUCCGGACUUUCCUAAUUGGAGUUUGAGGCCCCUAUGCUGGUAUCAAUCCCAGCCUAUGCUCGCUCUUUCCUUCCCUCCCCUUGUCCCCUCUGCCUUUUGUACGCCAGUUCUCAGAAAUAAAGACCUUUUGUCUGUUUUUUUAACCUCGGAUUCUGUAAUUGGUUCUUAUAGUAACAAAUAAAAAGCUGUUUUCUUCA